ACAAAUGUUCGCAAUUUCUCAUACUCAGUUGCACAGCAGACGAUUUUGUUUUUCUUUCAUUUCAUAUUUUUCCAAUCCUUCUAUUUCGUUUGAGUUUGUAAUUACACACAUCUCGUCGGUCGUGCAUAAUUUAAGUAGUGGAAUUGACAUUGGUUUGAAAAUUAUCACCUCUUGAUAAACGAUAUACGGUUGAACUGACAAAGUCUAACUGAAACAAGGUUGGAUUUCAUACACUGAGGCACUGUGGCUGACUAAAGUUUUGGCUGUUUGGUUUGCAUGCCAAUGUUUCAAUGAACUAAAACCAGCAGAAAUCCUAAUUCUAUCCACUUGACUUCCAAUAGGAGUUAUGGAUCGUGUCCACAUACUGGAAGAAAAAUUGAGAGAAAGUGCAUGUGUCGGAGAUAUUGAAACACUUCAAAUUCUACUACAGAAAGGUGUCAAUGUAAAUGCUAAGCACGAAAUAAACGGCUGGACAGCUUUGCAUUGGGCUGCAAAACGUGGUCAUCGAGAUGUUGUGAAAAUUUUGUUGUCCAAUGGAGCUGAUGCAUCUCUGCGGAACAAAAAUAAGGAUAUAGCGUUGUCCUUAUCCUCUAAUCCAGAAGUACGUCAGCUUUUAAUGGGUGACCGAGAAGAUAAUUUACCCAUGGAGCCCUCCUCUGAAAGCAAGUUACCUAUUGUUCCAAGUUAUUUGAAGCAUCCACCUCUAGUAGAACGAGUUGAUUUGCCUGAAAUUCGUCGAAACCCAUCUCAACUUCUACAAGAAAGGGUUUCAACAAUUGAGAGAGUCCCUCCUCUUCCUGAAGAGCUGGUGUUGAAAGUUCGAGUGGCCAACUGUGGGGAUCCUGACUUUAUUGAGGUUGAGUUGCCCAUGGGUGACCUCACAUAUUCUCGCCUUUUGCGUCUCUGUACUGAAGAAUUGGAUGUCAAUCCUACUCAUGUAACUCGAGUCCGCAAACUACCCAACACUAUUGUGAGAAAAGACAAGGAUGUUGCUCGCCUGAAAGAUGGACAGGAAUUGGAACUUGUUCUUCAGCCUGAAGGAACCAGCAGGCUUAUUCCUUGUAGCAAUGGUAUGCUGAAAAAAAUUCCUGGUUCCACUGCCAAUGGUUAUCAGUCAAUUUCUUUGAAUAAAAACCAGACUAUUCUGUAUUAAUGUGUAAGUAAGUGAUGGUGCAGGAAUUCCAGACCCAUUCAAACAAA